AUGACUGUAACUGUUCGUCGACAUCAAAUUCGAGAGAAAGUCUUUUCGUUUGGUGAUCAUUUUCAAAUUAAAGAUGAAUUUGGUCGAGAUGUAUUCACUGUUCGAUCUAAAAAUUUUUUAUUGGGCAAUAAAGUUGCUCUUGAAGACAUGGUUGGAAACGGCUUACUUAAAAUUCAUCAAGAAUUAUUGCAUUUUCAUCCUACACUUAAUAUAUUAUCAGCUCGUGAUAGUGAUUCCGAUCGACCAUUAGCAACUAUUAAAAAGAAAUUUUCAUUUUUUUGUCAAAAAUUUGAUAUUCAAUCUGUCGAUGGUCAAUAUGCUAUCGAAGGACUUGACAUCUUCGCUCAUUCAUUUGUAUUAACAAAACAAGGACAAGCAGUAGCAACUAUAAGCAAAGCAUUCUUUUCUUUAACUGAUACUUCUGGUGUUGAAAUAGCAGCAAAUGAAGAUCAAACAUUUAUUUUAGCACUUGUUAUUGUUAUUGAUCAAGUUCUUCGUCAAGUAUUUAUUGGAAAUCUAUGUAAUGUAUCAAAUGAAGCACUACGUACAUAUUGUGAAACAUACGGUCCAUUAACGGAGUUAUCAUUAAAUCGUGAUAAAGAGAAUAAUGUUUAUCAUUGUUUUGCUUUUGUUACCUUUCAAUAUACUCGUAGUACAUCACAAUUUAUGUCUAGUCGACCACAUUUUAUUUGUGAUGAAGAAAUAUUUGUUAAACGAGCAUUACCACGUGCAACUUCAUCCGUGCCUGAACGAAUUAUUGUUACUAAUCGAUUGAUUCUACAAGAUUUACAUAAAUACGACAAACAUCUUGUUCGAAAUUAUUUUCAUAAAUUUGGUUAUAUAAAAAAAAUUGAUAUUAAGUAUGGUUUUAUUGAUUAUGAGGAUUAUGAUGCUGUUGAUCGUGUUUUAAUUGCUCGACCACAUUAUAUUCGAGAUCAAGAAAUAUUUGUAACUAAAUUUGUUCCAUCUGAACAACAAGAUAGUAUAGAUAAUUAUUAUUUACGUUCAAAUAAUUAUCGCCAUCAUCGAUUAAAUACAAAUAAUAAUCGCCGAUAUUCAAAUAAAAGUGAACAACAUGAUCAUAUUAUGAAAACAUCAACCGAUACAAUCAAGUUUACAUGUACUAAAAAAAUCGAAAAGGAUACAUCCGAAAUUGCAUUGAUCAAUAAGCAAUGUAAUCAUGAUGAUAAUGAUGAUGAUGAUGAUGAAGAAGAAGGAGGAGGAGGUGAAGAAAUAAAUUUUAAUCAAUUAAAUAUUCAAUAUGAACAUCUUGAAGAAGAAUUUGAAGAAUAUAAAAAAACAAAAGAGAUUGAAAUAUGUGCCUUAAGAAUUGAUUUAGAACGUACAAAACGUCAAUUAGCUGAUAUAACGCAAGAAAAACUUGAUAUUUUAUUAAAAAAUCAAACAUUAUUUCAUAAUGAAUUAAUACUUCGUCUAUCUUCAAAUGAUACCGCAAUUCAUUCACAAACAGCUGAAGAUUUUUUUCAUUCAUCUCCAAAUCAAUUAACAAAAAAACGUAAAUUAGCAACAUCACCGCCAUCAUCAGCUCAUCGCGAAUAUGAAUAUUAUUCAUAA